AUGGCGAACGAGGAGCAACCCGACACGUCGAGACCCGCGCGUAAAUCCGUCGCAUUCACCGAAGAGAAACUCGUCGUCGGUGCCGACGGCAGCGUCGAAAUCAUGUCUACUCCUAACGAGGAGAAGGAUACCGCCUUGUCUCACAGUCCGUCCACCGAGCCACUAUCAGAGACCCUCGCGUCGACUAAUCCCUCCGCAGCUCCCGCCGAGACCGAGACCCCUCCCCCCGAGGCCGGCGAUGAUGGCCUCGACUUGGGCCUCAUGAAGAAGAAGAAGAAGAAGGUCAAGAUCGCCGACGACGCCGAGCCAGCUGGAGACGACGCUGCUGCUGAAGGCGACGACCUGGGUAUCAAGAAGAAGAAGAAGAAGCCCAAGGCGAAGGAGGGCGAUGACGACUUCGCGGCCAAGCUUGCUGCGCUGGACCUCGACAAGGAAGGUGGCGAUGCCGCUGCUGAGGAGCAAGCCCAAGACGGUGACAUGAAAGUAGGAACUGGUAUCUGGAAGCACGAUGACACAACACCCAUCAAAUACGAUCUUCUCUUGAGCCGAUUUUUCAGCCUUCUCUCCGAGAAGAACCCCGACCACGCCACCGGAGCCGCCAAGAGCUACAAGAUCCCACCACCCCAAUGUAUGCGUGAAGGAAACAAGAAGACCAUCUUCGCCAACCUUCCCGAGAUUUGCAAGCGUAUGAAGCGAUCCGAGGAGCACGUCACCACGUUCUUGUUUGCCGAAUUGGGUACGAGCGGCUCCACCGCCGGUACUGGAGGUCUGGUCAUCAAGGGUCGUUUCCAGGCGAAACAGCUGGAGAAUGUCCUGCGCAAGUACAUCAUCGAAUACGUGUCAUGCAAGACAUGCCGGUCGCCCGACACGGAGCUGAGCAAGGGAGAGAACCGUCUGUCUUUCGUUACCUGCAACUCUUGCGGAUCGCGACGGUCCGUUGCGGCUAUCAAGACCGGUUUCUCUGCCCAGAUCGGAAAGAGAAGAAAGAUGCGGGCGUAA